AUGGGUUACAAUACUGAAAAAGCUUCGCUUAUACAUUUUCUCUUAGUACUAGUACUACUUCUGACUUUAGCUUUACUUAUAUCUCCAGUUUUUUGGUCUUUUAUUGCUCUUGUUACAAUAAUCCACAUAGUAGCUUUUGCCCUACAACUUGUAGUUAGGAUAUGUACAACUUCUAUUGAAAUCCUACAAUUUACUGCAAAGAGUUUCUUAAAGACCAUUUCUGUCUGCGGAAGACGCAUUCUCAAAUCGAACAUAUCUUGUAUAAACACUAAUGUCUCCAAUAGCUUUCGUAAAGUUGUGAGAAAUAUGAAUAGAAUACGAAUAUAUUUCGUUCUCACAUUCGGUGUGGGUUUCGGUGCAUACAGACUUCAUAACUUAGUUGAAGAACGGCCAAAAUUCUGUCUUCAAUUAUAUAUUCCCGAUGAACCUGAAAUCAUUCCAAGACAAGAGCGAUCCAGGAUGGGAUUGAUGAUUCAAACUCUGCCGAAAUCCAUUAGAUAUCGACCACAUAUUCCAUCAAUCCUUGGACCUAAUUACAUCGAAGAGUGGAAAGAGCUAAUUGAUUUUUAUCUUUCCAAGAAAUACGCUACAGGGAUAUUAAAUAGGCCAGGGUUGACAGCUGCGAAAGAUAUCAUUGAGCCAUUCGCAAAGUAUCGAGCUGGAAAGAGAACACGUGGCUUGAAGACCGAACAGUUUGACUCUCGAGUUAACAAUCGCCAUGUAAAAAAACUCGACCCGAUCGAGUUUCCUGAAGUAAAUAAUUUGCUUGAUAUGCCAAGAAAUAAACUGAUUCAACAAAAGAGAACCGAAUUUCUGGAUCUAAGCCCACAAGAAACUUUGAAUGCCGCUCGUGCUCAACUUGAACACCGGUUGAGAAGUCACAGGAAACGACGUCGUGGUAAAAUGCAACGAGAUUCAUCUACUUGA